AAAAGACCAUUUUUAUCUGUUUGACGGCUGACAAAAAUAUCUAUAGUCAUUGUGAUAUUAGAUAUUUUUACACAGAGACUAAAACAUUUAUGCUUUUGCAUACCUAUUUAUGAUGGUGAGCGGCGUAAAUUUGUAUUAUGACGUGGAAUUAUUGAAUUUGUAGAAUUUUAAUUAUAAAAAGACAACAUUGGCGAUGGAAUAUAUGGUAGAGUUUUAUAUUUUUAUAUAAUAGUGUGGAGGGCAAUGAUUGGUAGCAAUAUAACCAAUAGAUAGGAACACGUAGCUAUAAAACAAAACUUAACAUAAAGAAACAACAACAAUUUGGAAAAGAAUUGGAAAAAGAGAAGAUGCAUGUGAUGUUGUUUUCUUUCACGACCUCCUCACCUUAGGUUUAGUAUUGUGGCUAUUUAUCAUCCACAAAAAUUUCACUCACGGUUUCUCUAUAUUUAAAUUUGAUUCUUUUCAAUAUUUGGUGUUUUGUGAAACAUAUAACAUGUUCUUUAUUCUUUCUCUUCUUUGAAAAAAAAAUAACUUGAUUAAAAGUUGAUUUUUUCGAAAACAUGAAAUUUUGAUUUUGGAUUGCACCUGUCAAUCGGUCUAUAAGCAAAAAGACGAAUUGUGUAUAUGCCUACUACAUAACAUAAUGUUUUUCUUAAAAUGUAUAUUUUAUAUCCGUCCAUAUGAAGAAAUUACUAAUAUCAUGCUACAACAAAAGAGGACACACAUAAAUGGAAAACCGACCAUGCAUUUGGUUUGUUCACCACUCCGACCAGCUCAUUAGCAUCAAUGGGUAAAAUAAUGUGGCUCAUUUUAUGUGUGUACUAAAAAAAAAUACUAGUCUUCUCGGCGUGCCAUGCAAUGUAUUAUGUACUAGUAAAUUUUCUUAAGUAUCUAUAUCACAAUAGAUUUAAAACCAUAGAGAAAAUAAUUUAUACAUGAACAAACAAGAAAACAUUCUAAGGAAAAGAGUUAGACUGUGUUACAAAAAAAAAAAAGUUAAGACUUGUCGAAUUUGGGCAAAACACAGGAAAAAUUUAGUCGGCAGAUGUAUGUAAUUGAAGCUGUUAAAUUAAACUAAUAAAACGAAUUAAGAAACAAAAGUAUCUAAUUUGCAAUACAAAUGUGGGGUGUUUGUCAAUAAAAGGUGAGUAAUGACAGAGAGAUUUGCCUCCUUGCGUCAGACACGCUUUAAUAUAAUCUUCUUAAUUUUUCCCUUUUUUGGUUGUUUAUUAUUCACAAAUCAAAUGAUUAGUUGUUAUCCUCAUUGAUUAUUUGUUAUACUUAUCCCCCGUUUAUAUUACUACUAAUGAUGACAAUGGUUUGUUUCAAAGACGAAAGAAAUACUACCAGAGUAUCAUUAUCCAAUGUUUCUUAAGGCGGGGUUAUUAGGAGAAUAUAGAAAACUGUUUCUUACAUUCCUCUAAGAACCCUGCCUUAAGAAACCAUGGAUGAUGAUGAACUGUUUUAUUUAAAAUAGAAAACAAGUGUCAACAUAAAACCCAUGAUAAAUUGACCCAAACUCUAACCGGUCCGGUAUGGUUUGACGACAAUAUAAAAACAUGAACAUACAAAGAAACGACGUCGUCACUAUAUUUUCCAUUUUUGGGGUUUCCCUUAUUUUUUCAAAUUUCGUUUUUAAUACCUUGGAAGUGGAGUUUACGAUACUCAUGGGCAUAUUGUCUGAAACCCAAAAACCGAAUUCGAACCGAACUAAAAAACCGAGAACCCGAAUUAUUUAUAAUAAAGUUUUAUUUUGGAUUUUAUAAAAAAAUAGAAAUCCGACCCGAACAUGAGGUUAUCCGAAUCGAACCGGUCCGAAAAAUGUCUGGUUCCUAACAUUUCAACCUGAAUAACUCAGAAAUCGAAUAAAUCGAACCGAUCCGAACCGAAAAUCCGAAUGCCUAGCACUAGUUUAUGACACACCAAGGCUCAGAUACACAUUCGCACAGUAUCUUGUCUCUCAGGCAAACAACCCUAACCCUAAAUUCCCGAACUUGACUACUCAAGAUCAUCCUCUCCCGUCAUGCUGAAGCUCCUCACUUCAACCGCUUACGGUGGCCAUCACGUAAACCCGAUUAAGAGCCCACUGUUCAAGACACUGAGUCAGCUUACCGGAUCAAACCGGAGUUCACUCGAAUUGGGUUGCCAUGCUUUCUGCUCCAGUCAAAGUGACUAUGCAGCCGAUUCCAAGGCAGCUAAGUCGGAUUCCGACACCAAAUCGUCGUCAGGGGUUGUUUCAAAGGUCCCUAAGCUCGACGAUUAUCAAACGGUUUGUAGAAAUCUUUACUUAAAGUUCACUUUUCUUAGUUUCAUUAGUCAUGUAAAGGUAGAACCAGCUUUUGAUAGCAUUACCAUUCUCUCGGCUCUGUUUAUGUUGUUUAAUUUCCAGGUUAUAGCAUUGCCGAUGCUUAACAAGUCUCAUCAGAGUGUUGUGACGUGCCUUAUAAGCCAGAAGAUGUGCCAAUCUGACACUGAUGAUGGAGUUUUUCGCUUUCCUUUUCAAUCUAGUGAUCAUAAAUUUUAAUUAAUGUCCGCGUUUACAAAAUCCUUAUUGUAAUAUUUUUAUUAUAUCAAAUUAAUUAGUAAAUCGUGGAAGGAAUGGGAGAACUUGCUUUAUUUCAUGGAUCCUAAUUACACCCGGAAUACAAUCUAACAAAAUAUUGUAAAAUAAAAUAAUGAUAAUUAAGAAAAACGUGUAUUAUAUUCUCUAAGCAAGGCAAUAUCUGUAAUUUAAAUUAUUGGUAACUUUAAUAAAACUCUUGGUUUCAAAUUUCAAUAUACUUAGGGAAUAUUGAAUUAUUUAUCAACAAACUAUUUGGUUUCAGUUUAUUCAGUUAAAAAUAAAUAUUAUACGUAUAGAUAUAUGUCCUUGACAAAAAAAAAUAUAUGGAUAUAUAUAUAGCGAGGCAUAUCUGAAUACGCUGUGAGAAAGCGUGUUCUUGAGAUAUCUCAUUCGAUGAUGAAUGGAUGGGGAGAAGAAUCUCAAGGUGGCCCUUGCCAAAUAACUCCAGAGAUGGCUAAUAAUUUCCCUGAUGAAUUCCAUGGAGCAACACCGAUCUGGUUUGGAGGUUUGGGAGGCGAAGACACCCUGGUCCAAGAGGGUCUAUAUCCACCUUUAAACUUGACUUACACACCAACUCAGGAACAUUUCAACAAAAUUGAAUCCAAAUUUCAAGAAGAAAGGCAAAAGCAACUUUAUUCCACAGAGAACACAAAGGCCUUAACGACUCAUGAAACUCCUACAACUACUGAAAAACUAAAGGCUAUGAAUUUCGAAAUCUCCAAGAUCACAAUUGGUGAAUGGACUCACAAGUCGGUCUACCCUCAUGAUCUUAUUGCCAAAUUCUACUUUGCAAAGAAGAGACUUAUGUGGGAGAUUCUCGAUGAAGAUUCAAAACUUAAGAGAAAGAUUGAGAUGCAAUGGUCUGAUGUCUUGUCUUUUAGAGCUAGUUUUCCUCCACAAAAUGAAACAGGAACACUAGAAGUCGAGUUGGGAAAGUGUCCAACGUUCUUCUUGGAGGUUAAUCCACAGCGAGCAAAGCACACUCAAUGGAAACAGUUGGAUCAAGACUUUACCCCAGGUCAAUCUGCUUCUAAAUACAGGAGACAUACACUUCAGAUUUCCCCUGGAGAUCUGAAGAUGAACUUGGAGAAGCUUGUGUCCGCCGUUAGCUUCUGGUCAAAACUCGCCAAAGUCAAUUUCCCAACUCUACCACAAUCUCUUUACUUCGAUAAUGGAAACAGUAACAACAAUGGUAACAGCAACUUGUGUCCCAACGGAAACUGCACAACACUUGGCAUCAACGGCAAUCAUCUCUAUCCUCAAGGACUUGGUCAUGUGCCAGUGGAGAACGUAAACUUCAACAUGGCAACUGAGCUCUGCCCGAAUAAUCAAAUGAACCCAAUUUUUCAAGACGAUCACCAGGAUGAAACUAUGAGUCAAUUACCUGGGAUGCAAGUUACACAUCCAUCAUCUCAGCAUAUCAACAUGGGAAGAUACAUUAUUAGCGGGUCACAUUUUAACAAUCCGAUGAUCCCAGACGAUCGCCACACGAGUAACACAGGUAAGUUACGUGGACCGUAUCUACAAGACAUCUUAGCUCAAGAAGAAGUGAUACAGAACAUGAAAUGCGUACGUCAGUUUCAGACUAACGGAGGAUAUUGUAAUUGUAAUCAGUGCUUCAACAACAUCAAUGGUUCACUGCCUCCUGAUUCGUAGAUAUUAUUAGAGAUUUUAGCUUCCUCUGCUUCAUCUUCCCUAUAAGUUAUUUCUCAUGUUUUUCUUCUUAAAUUUUAUUUUUCAGUACCCCUUGGGGUAUGUAACUUGAGAACUCUGUUUGGUUAAGCCCUAAUUUUGGGAAGAUUGUUUUCUUUGUGGACCAUUAAUUUAUAGUGCUUGCAAACACUGAUGAUUUUUUUCUGAAAAGUAUGGAGAUGAAUUUUGUACAAUUUCUCUUUAUGUUCAAUCCAAAUAAUUAAAUAAAAUAACUCAAUGUAUAAUACUAAACAUUCCAUGUAUACAUCACAAUAAUACAACUAAGACUAUCAUUCUUACAAGUAUAACUUACAAGUUGGAUUUUUUUGUGGCACAAUGGGUAUACUACUACUACUAUCAUCACCAUUAUCCAUGUAUUCUCUUUGAUCUAUAAUCUUACAAGUUGGGAUGUUUUUUGUGGCACAAUGGGUCUACUCCAA